CCGGUCCCCUCCCCGCACUGGUCUAUAAAUGCCCCGGGCCCGGCCAGUGUCCCAUGCAGGCUGCACUUGGACUGGCCUUGCACCAGAGCAGCUACCCAGCGAGACACUCAGGGGAAGUGAGAAGAUGGGGCCAGUCACCUACUUUGGACUCUGCCUCCUCGGCUGCCUGAUCUUUAACCCCUCGAUGGCCGGGGUACAGGCUGUGUCCUGUCCCGGGUGCUGGCUACCCUUCCAAGACAGCUGCUAUCGAUACAUCGCCCAAAAGAAAAACUGGAGAGAGGCUGAGGCUGAGUGCCAGCACCACUGGCCCGGGGCCCAUCUCGCCUCCAUUCACAGUGCUGAGGAAAAGAACAUGCUGGCCCAUUACAUCAAGCCGGACUCCACAAAGAAGAUUCACAUCUGGAUCGGACUCUCAGACUCUCAGAAGGUGAGUGGUCAAAACUGGGGGUGGUCAGAUGAAUCCCCGUUAAGCUUCAGACCUUGGGAUGAAGGACAACCUGAUAAUCGUUUAGGAAUCGAGCACUGCACAGUGUUAUUUUACAAUACGGGUUUUCAGAAAUGGCACGAUGUUCGCUGUGAAGACAGACACCCCUUCAUUUGUAAGCGCAAACCCUAG